GGCGGGGAAGCGGCGCGAGCCGGCGGCGCCGGGAACGUUCACCGCGGGGGCGGCUCCGGGGCCUGAGCGGGCGCCGUCGCCUCCGCCGCUGCCGCUGCUUCGGCCGCCCGAGUCGAGGGGGCCGGGCCGGAGGAGGCUGCGGCCCGCCGGAGAGCCGCACGCGCGACGCCCCCCCCCCCCACUCCGCUCCGGCCGGGAAGUGAGCCAGGAUGAUUGAGGAAGGUGGGAACAAGCGGAAGACCAUGGCCGAGAAGAGGCAGCUCUUCAUAGAAAUGCGUGCUCAGAAUUUUGAUGUCAUACGACUAUCAACUUACAGAACAGCUUGCAAGUUACGAUUCGUACAGAAGCGAUGCAACCUUCAUCUCGUUGAUAUCUGGAACAUGAUCGAAGCUUUCCGAGACAAUGGCCUUAACACCCUGGACCAUACCACUGAGAUCAGCGUGUCCCGCCUCGAGACCGUCAUCUCCUCCAUCUACUAUCAGUUGAACAAGCGCCUUCCUUCUACUCACCAGAUCAGCGUGGAGCAGUCCAUCAGCCUCCUCCUCAACUUUAUGAUCGCCGCCUAUGACAGUGAGGGCCGAGGCAAGUUGACCGUAUUUUCAGUUAAAGCUAUGUUAGCAACCAUGUGUGGUGGAAAAAUGCUGGACAAAUUGAGAUACAUUUUCUCCCAGAUGUCAGAUUCCAAUGGCUUGAUGAUGUUUGGCAAGCUUGACCAGUUUCUGAAGGAGGCCCUGAAGCUCCCGACAGCCGUCUUUGAAGGGCCGUCCUUCGGUUACACAGAGCACGCAGUCCGUACCUGUUUUCCACAGCAGAAGAAGAUAAUGCUGAAUAUGUUUUUAGACACCAUGAUGGCCGACCCUCCCCCCCAGUGCCUUGUCUGGCUACCUCUCAUGCACAGGCUUGCCCAUGUGGAGAACGUCUUCCAUCCUGUGGAGUGCUCCUACUGUCACUGCGAGAGCAUGAUGGGCUUCCGGUACCGAUGCCAGCAGUGCCACAAUUACCAGCUCUGCCAGAACUGCUUUUGGCGUGGCCAUGCCAACGGCACCCACAGCAACCAGCACCAGAUGAAGGAGCAUUCCUCUUGGAAAUCCCCUGCAAAGAAGCUGAGCCAUGCAAUUAGUAAAUCUUUGGGCUGUGUCCCCUCCAGAGAACCCCCACAUCCUGUUUUUCCUGAGCAACCAGAGAAACCACUUGACCUUGCACAUAUAGUCCCUCCUCGCCCCCUGACUAAUAUGAACGACACCGUGGUCAGCCACAUGUCCUCUGGAGUGCCCACUCCCACCAAGAGGUUACAGUGUAGCCAGGACAUGCCCCAUCCCUUGGCCGAUGAGCAUGCGCUGAUAGCCUCCUAUGUGGCCCGUCUGCAACACUGCACACGUGUCCUGGACAGUCCGAGCCGACUGGAUGAGGAGCACCGGCUAAUAGCACGUUACGCUGCCCGACUGGCUGCAGAGGCUGGAAACAUGACCCGACCCCCCACGGACGCCAGCUUCAACUUCGAUGCCAACAAACAACAGAGACAGCUCAUUUUAGAACUGGAAAACAAGAACAGAGAGAUCCUGCAGGAGAUCCAGCGCCUGCGGCUGGAACACGAGCAGGCUUCCCAGCCCACUCCGGAGAAGGCCCAGCAGAACCCCACGCUGCUGGCGGAGCUGCGCUUGCUGAGGCAAAGGAAAGAUGAGCUGGAGCAGAGGAUGUCAGCGCUGCAGGAGAGCAGGCGGGAGCUGAUGGUGCAGCUGGAGGGCCUGAUGAAGCUGCUGAAGGAGGAAGAGCAAAAGCAGGCAGCUCAAGCCACAGGGUCACCUCACACAUCACCCACUCAUGGAGGCGGCCGCCCUAUGCCCAUGCCUGUGCGUUCCACGUCUGCCGGCUCCACCCCGACCCACGGCCCACAGGACUCACUGAGCGGAGUUGGGGGAGAUGUCCAGGAGGCCUUUGCACAAGGUACGAGGAGAAACCUCCGCAAUGACCUGCUGGUGGCUGCUGACUCCAUCACCAACACCAUGUCAUCCCUGGUGAAGGAGCUCCAUUCAGCAGAGGAAGGUACAGAGGAAGACGAGAAGAUGCAGGCUGAGAAAGACGGAGGUAAAGGUUAGCCGAGGAGCAGCCCGGACACAGGAAACUCAGGCACAGAGGCCGAGGAGGAGCACGCUGGCUGGCACCGACAAGACAAGG